GAAACAAUAAGAGAACCUUAAGUCUUUUUACAAUCGAAAUUCACUUUUUUUGUCACACAACAAUUAAAAUACUUCAAAGACAUAGAAUACAUCACGUGCACCUGCGUAGUAAUUAUUAAUUUAUUAGUUUUAAUUUAAAUUUAUAUGCACACAUUAUAUUUAUUUUUAAUUUUCAACCCUUCCUUUUUUUCCCUUUACGCCGUUGACCCCGUUUUACUUAAAACAAUAUAUUAUUAUAAUAUUAUGCUUGCAUAAUAAUAAUAUACGCGUGAAAUAUGAGUAAAGACGUAUUUUUCUCCACGUCUUGCUCCCCCAAAAAUCAAAAUUAAAAACCCACGUACCUAAUUCAGCAUUUCAGCGUAUAGAUUAUCCAAAUAUCAUAAACAUUUUACAAAAAGAACGACUGCAUUUAAUUAUUUGACGUCGCGUGUAAAAUUGUUACGUUUAGUUACCCAUCGAUUGAUUUUCAUACCGUGUAUAUAAUAAAAUACGCUUGUUAUAUUUGAAAGUUAGUGAUAAAAUAUAUUUAUAAUAUGGUGGUUGGCAAAAAAAAUAUUCACAACAUACGCAUUGUGUGUUUUUUUUUCCAUAUUUAUUUUUUUUACAGCAGAUAUUAAAACAGUAAUAUGUGGUUACGACGGGUGGCCGUGUGGUGGCGGUUGGGUUGGUGGGGGGCGAGUUGUGGGAACGGAAAGGGGUAUUUUUUUUUGUCAAACGCCCCCCCCCCUUUGCGUGCACUACGUUUGGGAGCGUGACAGUUCCUCGUCAGUGGGCCUCCAGUGAGUACGCGUACUGUGGACGUAAAACACCUCAAUGAGACUACGGAAUGAUCUCGAAUGCUUCAGAAAAAGAACGCUUUAUCAAAGCAAACGAUUCGACUUACAACGCUCAGUUCAAUUAUGCGACAAAUUACAUAAAAACAUCGAAGUACACAUUGUUGACGUUCCUGCCUCUGAAUUUAUUCGAACAAUUUCAGCGGCUAGCCAAUUUCUACUUCCUGUGCCUGAUGAUGUUGCAGAUGAUUUCGAUUAUAUCAUCAUUGACACCCAUAACCACUUCGAUACCACUGGUCGGCGUGCUAACGAUCACUGCCAUCAAAGACGCCUACGACGAUUAUCAAAGGCAUGCCAGCGACGACCAAGUGAACAACCGCAUAUCGAAGACUGUCAGAAACGGCCAUGUAGUGAACGUGAAAUGGAAGGAUGUGCACGUGGGGGACGUGAUUUUAAUGGAAGACGGGCAGUUCGUGGCCGCCGACGUGUUGCUGCUGUCUACGAGCGAGCCAAGUGGUCUGUGUUUCAUAGAAACUGCAGAAUUGGACGGUGAAACCAACCUCAAGUGUCGGCAGUGUUUGGCCGAAGUGGCGGAUCUUGCACACGAAGUGACGGACUUUGACGGCUUCAUUCGGUGCGAAACCCCAAACAAUUUGCUCAAUAAAUUUCACGGCGUUUUACAGUGGAAUAAAAAAGAAUUGAUUUUAAAUAAUGAUCAUAUUAUUCUAAGAGGAUGUGUUCUAAGAAACACGGAAUGGUGUUAUGGGAUGGUGAUUUUUGCCGGGAGGGAAACGAAACUCAUGCAAAAUUCAGGAAAGUCAAAAUUCAAGCGGACUAAUAUUGAUCGGCUGCUCAACUUUCUCAUCAUUGGGAUCGUAUUGUUCCUUUUUUUACUCUGCCUGUCUUGUAUGAUCGGGUCUGUCUACUGGGAAUUCAAAACCGGUUGGUAUUUCCAGACGUAUUUACCCUGGGAUUCACUGGUACCGUCCGACAAGAUAGCCGGAUCUAUUACCAUAGGGACUUUGGUGUUUUUUUCGUACGCCAUCGUUCUCAACACAUUAGUGCCAAUUUCUUUAUAUGUAAGCGUUGAAGUAGUGCGUUUCGUGCAGAGCUUUUUUAUAAACUGGGACGAAAAAAUGUAUGAUAAACAGUCUGGUACCGCAGCUAAAGCUAGAACUACGUCACUCAACGAAGAACUCGGACAGAUUCAGUAUAUAUUUUCAGACAAGACUGGCACAAUGACCAAGAACAUCAUGACGUUUAACAAGUGUUCAAUAAAUGGUAUUGUUUACGGUGAUCAGAACGAAAUCCACUAUGGAAAAUCUGACGACGUUAUUAAGACGUACAUGGACAAACAGACGCCUUCCGCAGUCAUCAGGAGUUACAACAAUACGCACUACAAUAAAGUAGAUCAAGGUGUCAGAAGAGUAACUAUAAAUUCUACGUUGCACUUGGUUGGACCACCUCCGGUAGAUUUUUCGUGGAAUCCUCAGUACGAAUCCGACUUCCUGUGGUAUGAUCAGAGUCUAGUAGACGCCGCACGGCAAUUCAAUAACGAAACGGAAAACACAGUGGUUACAUUUUUUGAAAUAUUGGCUUUAUGUCAUACGGUCAUGCCUAGCUGGAAAAACGGAAUUUUAAAAUACCAAGCUCAGUCGCCCGACGAGUCAGCACUUGUUUCGGCGGCUAGAAACUUCGGUGUCGUCUUCAUAGAGCGAACUCCGAACAGCGUGACGAUCGAGAUCAUGGGCGAAAUCAAAGUGUAUGAACUCCUAUGUAUUUUGGAUUUCAACAACACCAGGCGCCGCAUGUCCGUGGUAUUCAGGGAAAAUAGUAAAAUACGUCUUUACUGCAAAGGGGCGGAUAGUGUGAUAUUCAACCGUCUGGAACCAGGAAACGACGAAUACAAAGCUACGGCCUUGCAACAUUUGAAUGACUUUGCAGGUGACGGAUUACGUACGCUUUGCUGUGCGGUCAGGGAUAUUGACGAUGAGUUUUUCGAUUCGUGGAAACACAAAUACAUGGAUGCUGCCGCGGCCCGGACCGACAGGGAGGAGAAGCUCGAUAACGUCUACGACGAAAUAGAAACCCAUCUGAGAUUAAUCGGUAUCACUGCUAUCGAAGACAAGUUACAGGAUGCCGUCCCUAAGACUAUAUCUAACUUGCUCAUGGCGGGAAUGUAUAUUUGGAUGCUCACCGGAGACAAACAAGAAACCGCCAUAAAUAUUGGGUACUCUUGUCAACUACUAAACGACGAAAUGGAACUAUGGAUAGUUGACGGCAACACUCAGGAUCAAGUAGAAUAUCAGCUCGACCAGUGUAACAAUUCGCUUUUGGGCGUUUCGGAACAACACCGAUCGGAAAGAAAUAGUAUGGCUACGAGUGUCGUACGAUUUAGCGAACCCGAUGACGUUGAAAUGCAAGAUAAUGAAGAACGUGUGUACGCUUUAGUCAUCAACGGCCAUUCAUUGGUUCACGCAUUGCACACCGAGCUCGAGUAUAAAUUUGUGGAAUUGUGCACAAAAUGUAAAGCGGUAAUUUGCUGUCGAGUAACACCUCUUCAAAAAGCAAUGGUGGUGCAGCUCAUUAAAAAAUACAAGAAAGCUGUGACGUUGGCAAUAGGCGAUGGUGCUAACGACGUUUCAAUGAUAAAAGAAGCUCACAUAGGUGUUGGAAUUACUGGCCAGGAGGGAAAUCAGGCGACACUGGCAUCUGACUAUUCUCUAGGCCAGUUUCGAUUCUUGGAAAGAUUGCUACUGGUCCACGGCAGGUGGUCGUACUAUAGAAUGUGCAAAUUCUUGCGUUAUUUCUUCUACAAAAACUUGGCAUUUACUCUUUGUCAUAUUUGGUUCGGAUUCUUUUGCGGUUUCAGUGCUCAGACGAUUUUCGAUCCUUUUUACAUAUCCGUUUAUAAUAUGUUUUACACCGCACUGCCAGUACUGGCAAUCGGGGCUCUGGACCAGGACGUCAAUGAUUCAAAAAGUAUCAUGUACCCAAAACUUUACACGCCAGGAAUCCAAAAUAUGUUUUUCAACACUAAAGAAUUUUUUAAGUGUGCGGCUCUUGGAACGUACGCUUCGCUAGUGAUAUUUUUUGUACCUUAUGGUGCCUAUUUUUAUGGUAUGACCUCGAAUGGAUUGAACGUUCUAGAUCACAUGUACAUGGCAGAAGUCGUUGCGAUGAUUCUGGUCACUGUCAUGACCGUACAGGUAGCUUUUGAUACAUCAUACUGGACUGUGAUUAACCAUAUCGUUAUCUGGGGAUCUUUGGCACUAUUCUUCAUUGCUGAAUGGAUUUAUAACUAUCUCAUCGGAGGAAUCUACGUAGGAUCUUUGGCAAUGGCAAUGCAACAACCAACAUUUUGGUUGGUAACAUUACUCGUUGUGGUUGUAAUUGUGAGCCCUGUGGUUGCUUGGCGUCUGUAUUUUCUGGAAACGAGGCCUGUUCUUACGGAUAAACUCCGAUUGAAGCAACUGAGGCAACCGAGGCAAGUAUCGGGAACUGGAACGAGAUCGAUGUCAGUGAGGCACAAACGACGUUCGAUUAGGUCAGGGUAUGCAUUCGCUCAUCAAGAAGGAUUUGGGCGACUGAUUACUAGUGGAAAAAUAAUGAGAACGCCAAGGAAUAGUGAAACGUUUAUUGAUCGAAAAAAUUCGAAUAUAUCUGAUGUUACUAUAUAACGUUAAAAGUACAAUUUUUUUGUCAACUUAAUAUUAUUCUUAUAAAUAGAAAAGUGUAUAUUUUAUUGUUUUAUUAUCAUAUCAUAUACAAUUUUUAAAUGUUUCAAAUUAUAUAUGAUUGUAUCAAAAAAAUUAAUUUGGUAUAUAAACUCUCUCAAACUAGUCAACCAUUAAACUGUAUACCAAAAAUUAAGAAUAAUUUGAUAUGAUUAAAUUUUUACCAUAAUAUGUGAUAAACAUUUAAAUUAAGCUUUUUAGUUUUAAUAUAAAUAUAAUAUACUUAUACAAUUUGUAUCAUUGUUACCAGAAUAUUAUUGUUGGGUAUUUUAUAAAAAAGUAACUAUAAAAUAGAAUUCUACAUUUUUGUCUAAAUGUUAUCGCAAUUAUUACAUCAAAAGAUAAUAUGGAAA